GUAGCGGUUGUCAAAAUUAUCCGGUAGUGUCAUUAUUUUAUUGUUGAUAUUGUUGCAUAGUACUAAUAAAAACAAAUUAAAUUUUUAAAAUUGGGUUGGUGUCUAAUGUCCCAAUGAUAAGAUGAGUUGGUUUUGUUCUUGUGGAGUGAAAUUUUUUUGUUUAUUUGAGAAUUUCCAUUUAUUAAUCGGCUCUCUCUAUCUCUCUCUCGGGAUUGGGUCUCAAAUCUUUUUUUUUUUUUGUCUCCGACUGUUAGAAACUCUUCUCCUUUGUGUUUCCUGAUAUAGCCACCAUCCACACUCACAACAAUCUCUCAAAAUUUCUAGGGUUUUUUUUAAAUUUCAUUUCUCCCUCAGGAUCUCAUUUUCCGACCAAAUUCAUCGAACUAAGACCUCAGUGUAAGAAAAUUUCGGCGACUUCACUAAAAAAAAGCUGUUGAUAGACAAAUGGCGGUUUAUUACCCAAGUCAUGUCAAUUGUUACCAACAAGAACCAAUCUAUCUCAAUCAUCAACAACAACAACAAGCCUCUUCUUCCUCCGCCGCCGCACCAUUUGCCGGCGACAACGUUCGAAACGAGAUGGUCUUUAUCCCACCCACCACCGGAGACGUCGUAACGGGUCUUCAAAAUCUCAACGGAGACGUUACAAGAAACGGCAGCAGCGAUUUAAGCUUUCACGACGGUCAAGGACUGUCUCUAAGUCUCGGCACUCAAAUCUCUGUUCCUUCCUUUCAUUAUAAUCAAUACCAAUUGGGUUUCACUCAAAAUCCUUCAAUCUCGGUCAAGGAAACGACACCGUAUAACGUGGAUGAGAUCAGUGUGAAGAGCAAAGAGAUGUUGUUGCUGGGUCAAUCUGAUCCUUCCUCGGGCUAUGGCGGGAACGGUUUCUACAACAAUUAUCGGUAUAAUGAAACAUCAGGAGGGUUUAUGAGCAGCGUGUUGCGUUCUCGGUAUCUUAAACCGGUUCAGAGUUUGCUCGAUGAAGUGGUUAGUGUCAAGAAAGAACUAAACCAGACGAGGAAGAAGAAGAAAGGUGAAGACUUUAACAAUGGUUCCAAGGAGACGGAAGGAGGAGGAGGUGGCAGUGGCGAAUUAUCAAGUGAUUCGAAUGGGAAAUUAACAGAGUUAUCUACAAUUGAACGUCAAGAGCUUCAGAACAAGAAGAACAAGCUUUUAACAAUGGUCGAUGAGGUAGAUAGAAGAUACAACCAAUAUUACCAUCAGAUGGAAGCAUUAGCUUCAUCGUUUGAGAUUGUAGCAGGACUUGGAUCAGCCAAGCCUUACACAUCAGUCGCUCUCAACAGGAUCUCGUGCCAUUUCCGCACUCUUCGUGACACGAUAAAGGAUCAAAUUCAGGUUAUCAGAGAGAAACUUGGGGAGAAAGGAGGAGAGUCGUUGGAUGAGCAACAAGGAGAGAGAAUACCAAGAUUGAGGUACUUAGAUCAACGGUUGAGACAGCAAAGAGCUUUGCAUCAACAGCUUGGAAUGGUUCGACCCGCAUGGAGGCCUCAAAGAGGUCUCCCUGAAAACUCUGUCUCUGCUCUUCGCGCUUGGCUCUUUGAACAUUUCCUUCAUCCAUACCCGAAAGAAUCUGAGAAAAUCAUGCUUGCGAAACAGACAGGACUAUCGAAAAACCAGGUUGCUAAUUGGUUCAUAAACGCAAGAGUUCGUCUAUGGAAACCGAUGAUCGAAGAGAUGUAUAAAGAAGAGUUUGGUGAUGAGUCUGAGUUACUAAUCUCCAAGUCUUCUCAAGAACCCAACAGCACAAACCAAGAAGACUCCUCGUCGCAGCAGCAGCAGGAAAACAACAACAACCUCGCUUUUUCAUCUGCAGAUACAACAAACGUUGUCUUCUCAUCAGAAGCUAAACCAGGCCGUGUUUCAGGCAAUGAUGGUGAGCCAGAACAACAACAACAACAGAUGAACCGGUCAGCUGAUUAUGAUACUCUGAUGAACUAUCACGGGUUUGGUCUUGAUGAAUACCGUUACAUUGGCGGGAACAACCAGCAAGACAGCAGAUUCUCCAAUUCCCAUCACUUACACGACUUUGUUGUUUGAUACUAUCGUCCUUGGAACAGAGGACAUGAUUCUUGAAGCGCAAGCAAUGUGCUUUGCAUUUUUAUAGUUAGGCAUAUUAUACACCCAUAUCUGUGGCAUAUAAAGUAGAUGUGUAGGUUGCUUUUGUGUAUAGUGCACUUGUCACGCCAAAUAUUGAUAUGUGUGUAUACAAGACUCAUGGUGGUAUAAAGAAUACUUGCAAAGGUGUGAACAUCGUUCUGGAGAUAAUAUUUGAUUUUCAUAUGUGAAUGAACAAGCUUUAUGUGCUUGGAAGUUUCUGGUCUUGAGGUAUGUUAAAGAUUCCUCUAUAUAUAUCACUGGACUGUAGAAACGGCGUGCUGUUCCACGUUUUGAAAACAAAACGGCGCUCAAGCUCGUUUUUUUUCUAGUGCACCAUGCUACUCAGAACGGCACGAAGUUUUUUAGUGACUGCGAGUCAGUGUCCAGUACGAAAGACCUCGGACCAUCAUCAUCAGUCCACCGGUUUCAAUGGAGGUCUGUUCUUCUCUCAUACCGCCGGAGAUUCCUUUCCGGUUUACUCCGAUACCACUGAAGUCUUCAAAUUGCAGUAAAAUCAAAAAUUUCCGGCCAUUGUCAGCGAUCGCCGAUAUUCGAUCCGGUGCACCAGAUUCAGAUUCCCGGAACCGGAUGUUCAUUCUCGGGAUGGGAUUCGUCGGAAGUUUUUUCGCGGAACAGCUCAAAGAAGCAGACUGGGUGGUUUCAGGGACUUGCCGGAGUGAUUCGAAGAGAAAAGAAUGGGGGAAGAGAGGAAUCGAUCUCCAGCUGUUUUCUGCAGAUUCACCUGAAUGGAGUGUGCUUGAUACCGUGAAAGAUUACUCGCACCUUCUCAUUUCCAUUCCACCUUUAGCAGGCAUUGGUGAUCCGAUGUUGCGGGAUGUACAACUUGUCAGAGACAAGCUUUCGAGUGGAAAUCUUCGAUGGCUUUGUUAUCUCUCAUCAACAAGUGUGUAUGGAGAUUACGGUGGUGAAUGGGUCAAUGAAGAUCAUACCCCAAAUCCUAAAACUCAAUCAGCCAAACUGAGACUAGCUGCAGAGGAAGGAUGGUUAAGCUUGGGUCGUGAUCUUGGGGUUUCCACUCAAGUUCUUCGACUUGGAGGUAUCUAUGGACCUGGUCGAAGUGCGAUUGAUACUUUGUUAAAGCGGGAGCAUUUGUCUGAAGGUCAAAGGAGAAGAGCUUCCCGGAGAUUCACAUCGAGAGUCCAUGUUGAAGACAUAUGCCAAGCUCUUCAAGCUGCCAUUGAAAAGCCAUCAUCACUAGGGGAGGUUUACAAUAUAGUUGAUGAUGAUCAAGCACCAAGAGAAGAGGUGUUUGAAUAUGCCUUGGAGCUGAUUGAGAAACGCUGGGCAAAGAAAAUUGAAACAGAGCCAUUUCUGUAUGAAUAUCGGGAGGAGAUUUCGUUGAGAGGCGAGAAACGAGUCCGUAAUGAGCAGAUGAAGAAGAAACUAGGAGUGAAAUUGAUAUAUCCUUCGUACAAGUCGGGAUUGCAAAGCAUAGUUGACAAGAUGGAGAACCCUUUUUGAGUCUAACCAGAACAAAAAAAAAAAAGAAUGUUGAUGAUCAUAUAAAAAGCUGUGCUUAGUUUAUCUUCAUCUUUUACUAAUAAGAUGUCUAGACAAAAAGCUCUUCUUCGAUGUAGAAUCUCUUCCUAAGGGUUUACUCCACUUGGAGCUGAUGGAACCAAAGUUCCAUUUUGUAUAUGACUUAGAAGUGGAGCCUCUGGUACUCGAACUAGGAGGAUCCAUCUUCACAUCUUUUCCUUCUCGUUUCCCUAUUUUCUCCUCCUCACAUUCACUGGGUACAUAACUAUCUAUCACUCGGCUUCUACAUCUUCUAUAGUUCUUUGCCUUUAGAGCUUUCCUCGAUAUUUUCGCAACUUGUUUCUCACCAACAGUGCAUAUGGGACACAAAGGAUCAUACUUUUCAGUCUCACUUGUCAUGCUCUCUAAGCAUUCCGCAUGGUAGACAUGGCCACACGCUAGAACAGCAGCAACCUGGAGGUCAAAUCUGGCAGUCCUUCUCUCGGUUAAAAGCUUCGAGCAACUCCCACAAAUCUGCUGACCAACGGAAGGCGAGGAAGAGAAUCUGCUACUACUACUACUACCCCCACUGAGUCUCCUUCUUCCAGAGCCUAAGUACUCGCUAUCAAACGACCAUCUCUCCCUCUGAGAUUGAGCCAUCAUCAGCUCGUAAAAGGCGUUCAUGGACCAGCCACCUUCAGAGGAGCCGUUAUGGGAGACGGUGGCAGUGUCAUUGCUACAGGUCGAAAGCACAAAGGACGACCUUCCUUCAGAUGCUGAGUAAUCACUGGGAGAUUUCAAUCCCAAAGCUUUACUAUCAGUAAGCGAACCUCGAGAUCGUCUAGAUGGGGUUGAUCUAGGAGGAAGCGAGUGUGUGUGAACUGAUGGAAGAUCACAGGCCAAGGAGGUGGAACUUGAAGGCUUAGGUAAAGCUGAUGAAACAAUAUCUGGUGACUCAACUAUAUUCUUCACCUCAACACAAACAGGGCUUGCCAAAGAUUCAUCUGCAGCUAAGGAAAUAGAUACAUGAGAGACUGCAAAAGGUGCUCGAAUCGUCGAAGUUGUGCCCAUCUCUUCUGAGUUUGCGGAUUUAUGAGAAACAGGAGUAGCUAAAUCCCCAGGAAAGCUUCCUCUUUCAGAUGGCGGUAAUGACAUUUUAUUGUGAUGAGGUAAAUCUUCAAUCUUAUCAGCCACGCGCCUCCUGUUGUCACGGCGAAAACUCCACGGUGGUGAGCACGCCGGAUUAUGAUUAGCAUCACCUCCACGUCCACUCGGAAGAUUUCUCUCCUUUGCAGCCACACAGCAAGCUGACCCCAUACAAAAAUGACCUGCUACUUCUCGGAGAAGUCUACUCUUUAAUAUAGCUAUUGUGAUAAAUAUGUCUUACACGAUCUAUGCAACAGUGGUGACAGCCAUCAUCUUCUUAAUCAAACACUGACCAACUAGGGUUCCACAGGAUUGUAACGAGGUAAUGUGAAGAUGCUGCGUAUACCACAGAAACGGAACCAACGGCUGAGAACGGUUUCAAAUAGUUGACGGAGAUGGCCGUCGAUCGGAAUCAAUCUGAGAUAUAUAUACAAGAGAGAUCACUUGUUUGGGUGCGCGUAAAAAAGAAACACGCACAAGGGAAAGUGCUGCCACGUCCUCACCCUUCCUCUCUUUAAUUUUCGGUGAUUUUCUUCCUUUUUUGAUGCUUUUCUAUAUAUACUAGGUAUUUAUCCACGCUACGC